CUGAGCCCGCGGGGCGGCACGUGCUCCCGAAUGCGCGCCUUGGAACCCGGUGCCUGGCUGCGGUUUCUGAGCGUCAGACUGCUUUCUACUCCGUCAGUCCUUUCGAAGAUUUUCAGUCACCAGGUGACCUUGUUUUGGCCCUUCGCCCCUUUGCCUGCAGGAAGAGAAGAGAGAGACUAUUCCUGCCUCAAGCGAGUCUUCCAAUCCGGAAGAAAGAGCCGGUCGCCCCUCUGGUUGCCUCGCAACGGCGUCUUCCUGACCCGGUACAUUUGCUGGCGGUGAGAAGCACGUGCCGCCUCUUCCGCAUUGCUGGACUACAUCCCCCACAAUGCCGCGCGCCGCUGGCCUUGGAAGUGGGGGGAAGGGCUCCAACAGGAGGCGGAGCGGAAGCAGAGUGCGAGGGACGAGAGGAGUAGACUCCACUAGCCGGGAACCCACCUAGUCUCUGCUUCUGAGCCCCAUCCUGCCUCCAUCCCCACCAGGGGGUUUCCUUCGCUAGCGCAGGUCGCAGCUGACGCCAGCUAAUCGGCUCUCGCUUCGCCGCCCGGCUCAGGUGCCCUUUGGUGGCUGCCACGCCGCCGAGAAACCCACGGGCAAGCUCAGCUCUGUUCUACUUGGAGAGAGAAAGUCAGAUGCCCCUUUCCAACUCCCUCUUCAAAACUCAGCUCCUGGGUGACUGAGUUCAAUUGAGAGUUGGAGGCAACCUUGCUGAAGAUGAAUAUAUAAUAUUAGAAGAGGAGGUUUUUUUUUUUCUUUCUUCUUUCAAAUCUUGAUUGCUUGGUGGCUUGGCACUUUCGAGUCUGUUCUUUUCAUCAGGAUGAUUUCAAGAAAAAAUUUGUCCCAGAAAUUGAGUUUAUUGUUGCUUGUAUUUGGACUCAUUUGGGGAUUGAUGUUACUGCAUUAUACUUUUCAACAGCCAAGACAUCAAAGCAGUGUCAAGUUACGUGAACAAAUACUAGAUUUAAGCAAAAGAUAUGUUAAAGCUCUAGCAGAGGAAAAUAAGAAUACAGUGGAUGUCGAGAAUGGCGCUUCUAUGGCAGGAUAUGCGGAUCUAAAAAGAACAAUAGCUGUCCUUUUGGAUGACAUUUUACAACGCUUGGUAAAGCUGGAGAACAAAGUCGACUAUAUUGUUGUUAAUGGCUCAGCAACCAACACUACCAACGGUACUAGUGGAAACCUGGUGCCAGUAACCACAAAUAAAAGGAUAAAUGCAUCAGGCAGCAUUAGAUAGCAUUUGAAGAUCACCUUGUGCUGCUACAUCCACUGUGGAUUAUGUCCUAUGACAGAAAAGCUUUUUAAUUGCUGAUAGUAUAGAAUAAUGCUUUAUAAUAAAAGCUCUACAUAUUUACAUUUUUGGAAAUAUGCUGGAUUCAUGGAACUCUGUAUCUGUAUAUAAAAUUUUGAAGCUAUUAGUUUGCUUUCAGACAAGUCUCUUCAAUGCUGUACUAUAUUCUUAAAGGGAGAUUGAUAAUGUGGUUGAUGUAGUAAGCAGGUAGGUGAUCUUUGUAUAAAUCUUCUGUGUUUGAGAUCAAGUUGAUACUAAAACACUGAAAACAUGGAUUCAUUUCUAUAAAAUAUUUAUUUAAACAUGUACCAUAUUUUUCAGACAUUAUUGUUAUAAAGUCAGUCUCAUUUGUUCUCAAUAGGUGUAAAUGUUAGACUAACGCUAUUAGAAAAUGUGCUUACUUCCAGUACUAUAUUUUGUUACUCAGAUUAUGAACAGAAAAAGAAAAUGUAAUGUUGAAAAUAACGUUUGAAAAUCAUGACCCAAAGAAUGUCUUUAUUUGCACUAUCCUUCAGAAAUAACUGAAGAUUAAUUAUUGUAUAUUUUUAAAAACUUAACAUUUGUAAGAGUAUAAUCUUGAAAAUGGGUAGUAACCACUGUCUGUAACUUAAACAUUGGGGCAAUUAAAUGAUAGUAAAGUAGUAACUCCAAUCUCAUAUAUAACAUUUUCUUACAUAUAUUCUGAAGAAUAAAAGAUAUUUUUAUGAGGUUAAAAAUAAGUAAAGUAUUAAUUCAUGAUUUUUCUUAUACAUGAAUGUUAAUUUAAGUUUAACCCUUUGUGUAUACUAUUAGGAGAAUGUAUUUGAAUAUUUGGGUAAUUUUUGUUUUUAUCACAUUGUCAAGGGAUUGGGACACUGAGAUAUUUGUGAAACUGGGACUCUUAAGGACUUUAGCGAGGUGCAUAUAAUAAAGGUGUUUGUGUUGCAGUAAAUUGCUUAGAAAAUGUUAACAUAUGAGAAUCCUGCUUUAUGAAAUUUUGGGUUUGAAUAACAAAUACAUUCAUUUUAUAUAAAGAUUGCUUAAACUCAUUAAGAAAAAUACAAUAUAAAUUAUGAAGAUUGAUUAUCUUUUUAGGAAAACAGCUAUUGUAUAUAGCACAAGAGAUCCUAAUCUUGGGUAAUUCUAGUAUAAAACAAAAUACAUCUUUAUUUAAAUUUCCCUUGUAGCAAAUUUCAUUGCCAUAUGGUGCCCUAUAUUUAAUAGUAUUUAUUCUCUGUAAUAGCUGCUUAAGUGCAGCUACCUUCUAGAUUUAGACUAUAUUGAAUUUAGUUUUUGGUUAUUGUAUUGUUCAUUAUUACAAUAUGCUAUCAAAUGUAGUAGCAAUAAUUAUGCUAUUUUGUUAAAAUAAGUAUGAGAAAAUAUUGUUUCUUGAAAGGUAGCUUUCCAAACUUUUGUGUACAUUUAUGUGAAGAACUAAAUUAUAUACCAUUGCCAGAUGGAGUUUGGAAUAAUUGUUCAGUCACUCUUAUUAGAUGUAGACAUUUUUGGUGUUUGUUUUCAGGGAUGAAAUAAAAUAUAUUAUUUGUACUUACAAAGUGUUAGCAUAAACUUUUUUUCUUUAAUGAUGGCUGUGCACUUACUAAAUUAUUAAA